AUGUUCCCCUCCCGCCUUGAGGAUAUCACCCUCGUGACCCAAUUCUCCGUGUCCCGCCUCGAACGCUUCACCCAAACCCUACGCAUCUGGGAUGCUCCCAUCUCCUUGACCAUCUACCUCACCGAGCCUUCCGACGGCGAGAUCCUCUCCACUUUCAUCACGAACCUCGAUGACGAGCUCCGAGCGGCUUGGUCAAAAUUGUCGCUGACUUUGGUCCGACCUUCUUAUUCAACCUCAAGGGUGGCCCUCAUCCGUCGCCUGCGAUACCCCAUCAACGAACUACGAAACCAUGCUUUACGCCUCGCCCCUACUUCGUACCUCCUCGUGCUCGACGCGGAUUUCAUCCCUUCGCCUAUGAUGCACCAUCAUCUUCAAGUCCGAGUCCCUUCACUCAUGUCCCACGGAUCAGAAACCGUCGGUUCACCAACCCAAUCGAGACAAGCUCUCGUCAUUUCCGCUUUCGCCCUCGCUCCUUCCGUCAAGACGAUCCCUAGAAGCCUUGCCACACUUUACGAGAUGCUCUACGCGACGAACCCCCCUUCAGCGUACCUAACGGACCCUAACGCAGGUCACGGCCCUUCCCUUCCUUCCCUCCUCUUUCACACCACACCUCUAACCCCGCACCCAUCGCGAACACACCUCCGACCCUCACUCCAUUGGUCUUAUAAGGUCUGUUACGAACCCCAAUGGGAACCUUAUUACGUCCUUCAUCGCAACUCGUACCCUUUGUUCGAGGAGAGGUUCUCCGAUCAAGGAGGCGAUAAACAGAGUCAGACCGCGUUGUUGAACGCGAUGGGGUGGGAGUUUAAGGUCCUGAGGGACGUUUGGGUCACGCAUGUGCCGAAAGGGGGGAAGGGGAGGGAGGAGCGAAUUUGGAUGAUUGGCCGGGGAAGAAGUUGGGGAGGUUGUUGGAUCAGGAAUUGGGGGAGCGGGAGCGGACGAAGAAAGAGGGCAUGGUGGAGGAUGAUGAGGAAGGAAGGCAUUUCAACCUCGCCGCGCAAAAAGAUCAAGAAAGGUAUCGGUACUUCCAGGAUUUCUUACCCGAACUGGAGAGGGUGUUUGGGGGGAAUUGGAGAUGGCCUAGAGGGUGUGAAGCGAAUGAGGUGAUCAAGGGGAAUAGAGUCGGAAGGACGGCGUCGAGGCUGGUUUUUGGGCUGUGA